AUGGAGGAGCAACGGGUAGAACGCUUGGAAACUGAAGUGGGCUCCCUAGCCACUGGACAAGAAAGAAUACUCAAGGAGAUGCAAGAGAUGUUCGCAGCCAUGAAUGCUCGCUUGGAUCAAAUUUCUCGAACCGGUGAUGGAUCCAGUAGUGCUUUCAAUGGUGGUGGAGGUCGAACAUUUGGAAGUGGAUCCACCACUCCAAAUUCUGGCAACUCUUACCUUCCUAAAAUGGUGAAGCUAGACUUUCCUCACUUCAACGGAUUGGAAGAUCCCACAAGUUGGAUAUGUCGUGCUGAACAAUUCUUUGACUUUCACCACACUCCAGAAACGGAGAGAGUUCCGUUAGCUUCAUUUAAUCUUGAAGGGGAUGCGCAAUUGUGGUUCCAAUUGAUGAAGGAGGAAACCCCGAUCACCACAUGGGCAACUUUUAAGCAGGGAUUGCAUGACAGGUACGGUCCCACCCAAUUUCAAGACUUCUUUGGUGAUCUGACAAAGUUGCAACAAACAGGUUCAGUACGAGAUUAUCAAACCCAGUUUGAGAAAUUAUUGAUUAGAGCAGGACGACUCACUCCAGAUCAACAAGUUGGCUGUUUUGUGAGUGGGUUGAAGGAGAAUAUCAAAACUGAUGUGCAAGCGUGUAAGCCGCAAACACUCUCUGCUGCUAUCGGUUUGGCUCGCCUGUAUGAGUCCCGCAACCAAACAAAUAGGCGAUACUCACCUUCCGAUGUGAAGCAGCCCUCUACCAAUAUUGUUACGAAGUCUGACCGUCGACAAAAUUUCAUGCCAAUUAAGCGGCUGUCUCCAGCCGAAUUAAGGGAACGAAGAGACAAAGGACUUUGCUUCAAUUGUGAUGAAAAGUUUAGGCCUGGACACAGGUGCAAAAAAUUAUUUCUCAUUGAAGGUUGUUGGCCUGAUGUAGAAGACGAAGCGGAGGGCGAAUAUAAUGCUGAAGUUGACUUGGCUGGAGAAGAAUUACCUGAAGUAUCUAUUCAUGCAAUAUAUGGUGCUCGGACUCCCCAGACAAUGAGGGUGCAUGGCAACGUGGGCAAACAUCAAAUGACUUUCUUGGUCGAUUCUGGAAGCACACAUAAUUUUUUGAGUAGUAAAAUUGCUCGAAAGGCUGGCAUUAACCCCACUGGUUUUGGAAAGUUUGAGGUUUCGGUUGCAAAUGGCAAAAAGCUUGCAAGCGAUGGGCUUUGCAAGGGAGUCUGCAUUCUAGUUCAAGGUGUUCCUAUAACUGUUGAUAUGUACCUUCUUCCGUUGGAGGGGUGUGAUGCUGUUCUGGGGGCCCAAUGGUUGAGCACGUUAGGGCCAAUUGUUUGGGAUUUCUCUCAAUUGCAAAUGAAGUUCAAUGUGGGAGGGAAAACAGUGGUUCUUAAAGGGGUGACACCACAGGAUAAAAUUGUUAAUGAGCAUGAGAUUUGUAAGGAGUUGAAGAAAAAGAAAGAAGGCGUCAUUCUGCAAAUCUACUCACUUGUUUUGCAAGACCAUGACGGUACAUCAUUUCCCAAACUUGAUUUGAUGUCUAUUAAUUCAGAUUUAAAGCAUCUUUUGCUACUUUUUGAUGACAUAUUUGUUGAACCACGUGGAUUACCACCACCAAGAUCCCAUGACCAUGUGUGA